AUGGCGAGCUUCGGUGCUGGGAAUCCUUAUGGGGACCCGAACUGGUACAACGCAGCCUACCACAGCCCCUACUACAAGGAGACGCACAAGGCGUGGCGCGCCAGGUGUCGGAGCUUUGUGGAAGAGCACAUCAUGCCCUUCGUGAGCGAGUGGGAGGUGAACAAGGCAGUGCCUCGGGAUACGUACGUGAAGUGUGCCGAGGCUGGUCUGCUGCCGGUGGUGGUGGGUGCCCAUUCGGGUGCCUUCGAUCUUGUUCCCAAGGAGGCUCCACAGGACUUGGACUACUUCCAUGAGCUCAUCUUCGUGGACGAGCUUGCCAGGUGCGGCAGCGGAGGCGUCUUGUGGGGCCUCAUCGAGGGGCUCCAGAUUGGUUUGCCGCCGGUCUUGAACUUCGGCACGGAGGAGAUGAAAAAGCGCGUGGCGCCGGACUGCCUCAUGGGGCGGAAGAUCAUCUCUCUGAACAUCACGGAGCCAUCCGCGGGCAGCGACGUCGCAGCCAUCAAGACCACCGCCAUCCGAGAGGGGGAUUUCUACAUCGUUAACGGCAACAAGAAGUGGAUCACCAAUGGGAUCUUCUCCGACUACUUUACUUGCGCCGUGCGGACGGGUGGACAGGGCAUGCGAGGGGUGUCCAUGCUGUUGCUCGAGAAGGAUUCCAUGCCAGGGAUCACGACCAAGAGGAUGGACUGCCAGGGCGUCUGGCCCAGCGGGACGACCUAUGUAGAGUUCGACCAGGUCAAAGUUCCCGUGGCCAACUUGAUCGGCAAGGAGAACGAGGGCUUCGGUGUCAUCAUGAAGAACUUCAACCAUGAGCGCUGGGGCUUCGUGGUUCAGGCGACUCGCUUCAGUCGUGUGCUCCUGGAAGACUCCUGGAGCUUUGCAAACAAGCGAAGCACUUUUGGGAAGAAGCUCGUGGAGCACCCGGUGAUACGCUGGAAGUUGGCCGAGAUGACCCGUCAGGUAGAGGGCAUCCACCACUGGCUGGAGAACAUGACUUUCCAGCUCUGCCAGAUGCCCAAGGACCAAGCCAUGACCACGCUGGGCGGACCCAUCGCGCUAAUGAAGGCGCACUCCUCGAAGAUCUUCGAGUACUGCGCACGCGAGGCACGGCAAAUCUUCGGGGGCAAUGCCUACACGCGGAGCGGCCUGGGAGAAAGAGCCGAGCGGCUGUACCGUGACGUUGGCGCCUACGCCAUCCCCGGUGGCAGCGAGGAGAUUUUGCUGGACCUGGCCAUCCGCCAGGCAGAGGUUGGUCUGAUGAGCCGGUCGCUGCCCGGAAGAACCGAAGCGCAAGGAGUGCCUCCACGGAGCGGAGCCUCCGGGACCUUCGUAGACUUUCGGAUUUGGAAGAAAGAGAACAAGGCUCUUCUCGAGGAUCUUUGCUCUCUGCUCUUACUGCUCGGUAGCUCACUUGCUUUCUUUUUGCAGUGCGGUGAGGAGCUGAGGCGAAGCCAGGUGCUGGCUGGCCAGGCAGCGAUCCUCUCCGAGCUUCGGAGCCUGCACCACUACUGGAAGCAGCAGCUGGGAGCGGCGCAAGGUUCGAGGGCGGAGGUCGUGGAGCUCGCGGAGGACGCGGAGCUCGCGGAGCUCGCGGAGUCGAGAGUCUCUGGGGAGGAAGCGGUCGAAAGAAAGCUCUCCGAGGGCCUGCAGGACUUCACCGACUCCAUCGUGCGCGCCCCGCGUCGCCUCCGCGGUUGCAGCUCGGUGGCGGUGCCUGGCGGUGCCUUGAGGUCUGAGAGAAGCGUCCGCUUCGAUCCGGAGCCGCCAUGGCGACAGCCGCUGUCGCGGCCGUCUGGUGAUUUCCAUGGCCUCGCAGCGCGUGCCGCUGAAAGCGGCUGGGCCUGGGAGGCGCCGGAGCCGCCGAGCUCGCGCUCUCUUCGAGACCCACGGGAGCCACCGGACCCGCUUGACCCGCAGCCGCAGGCCCCAAACAUCCCCAGAGGCAUCAUCCUGAAAGAUCUCUUGACCAAAGCGCUCGGAAUCCUCAGUGAGGAGUUCAAGGAGGGUCUCGUUCCCAAGACGGUUCUCGUACGUCUGUUGGGCAAGUUGUCAGAGAAGAAGCUGGUCACGGAAUGCUUGGUGCAGAUGGCGGAUAAUGCAAGGAAGAUUCAGUCUGUGUUGCGGUACGAUGAAGAAGCAUCUCCUGGUGGUGCAAGUGCCAGCCCAGAGAGCACACACGGAUCUGACAAGGACCAGCUAGAAGUCGGCAUGAAGAUCAGGCAUGUUUGCUUUGUUGGUCCUGGAGAAAAGCAGUUGAAAGAGUUGGAUUCCAUUGCCAAAGAUGCGGGAGCCGGGCAGGGCUUGCAAGAAUCCUACGACUACGGCACCGGCAAUGAGGACGUUGCAAGCAAAUACCCGCGAUUGGACAAAAUCGCAGAGGCUUUGAAGCAAGACGGGGCUUCCUCCAGAGCGCGCUUCUGUGCACACCUGCUUGGAGAGCCCUUCGACACUUGCUUGCUCGACGAUGGCAGCCAGAGCUUUCUCAACUGGCUUGUGGAGUGCGGCUUCCAGAAGGUCUUGCUGCACUGGUCGCGCUUCAGUAGCAGUCCCGAGGUCAAGGACCGGACGGAUGCUGAAGUGGAUCGCUGUGCAGAGCGGCUUCUCAGGUUGAUGAACGAUUUCGAGAAGCUCGUCUUCGUGCUUUCCAUACGCGAUCACGGUUGCUCUAAUCGUCAGGGCGAGCGGCUUCUCGAUCGCCUUCUGGGGGAAGCAAAGCCGGCAAAGAUACAGGUGCUGUACAACUCCUCGCGAGGAUUAGGCGAGAAGUCCACCAUCUACAAAUGCCCCGAAUCGCGUGAUCAGGACAGGCUGGUCGGAUAUGCCGGUGGUCUUGGUCCGGGAAAUGUUGUGCAGCAACUUGAUGAAAUGCGAUGGGUCGUACCACAAGGAAGGCAUGUAUUUAUUGAGGCCCAGUCGGGCGUCCGUGACAAGAAACAGGACGAGUUUUCGAUCCCCAGGUGCCUAGAGUUUGCCAAGAAGAUUGCCGAAAGCAGUUUCAACCCAGCGAAGGGCGGAGAGGUGUAUCCACAGUUUGAUGGCAGCUUAGUUCUGGGCGAUUCGGACACAAAGGUCUUGUACCCGGACACGGACUACGAGGUGACAGACAUUGAGCAGUUGACAUUCUCAGUGAAGCCUGCUGGGACGGAGCAGACUGCUAAUGUUUUCAUUGCAGGCUCCAUUGCUGCCAGGUACUUCGCGUUAGUUGGCACUGGCGGUGGGUUGCUGCCGCCACUACUGAAGAAUGACCGUCCAGGAGUGAAGAAAGAAUGCACUCCCUCCUCGCCAGUUUCUGCAGACAUCAUUCGCGACUACUUGCAGCCUCCACGCAGGAGUACCCUGAAGAUCGUGCGUUCGCCAGCUGCCAAUGGUCCACCUUAUCACGGCAAGACUCCAUUGGACUACUUGAAAAGGCUAUUGGAAUCAGACGCCUGGAAGAUCGCGAAAACGUGCCCAAAGAGGGAUGGGGAGCAUGCCAUAGAAAUCUUGCAGAACUGGAGCCAGGGCCUUGUGGCAAGUAAUGAUGCUGGUGUUGGCGGUCAAGGCCAUAUGUCAGUGGCUUCUGCCGGAUUCGGAUCUCGGACAGAGCAAAGGAAGGUUUUUCGAGGGAGUGAGAGGGACAGUUUGGCCGGAAGAGGCAUCGCCAUCGUGUCAAUUCCGGGUGCAGAUCCGGUGCUUUACAACACCGUGAUCCGCAUUUGCCUGGAGGACGGCAUGCAUUUUGCAGUUGUUUGGCUUUCAGAUUGGGGAGACGCUUGGUUUUAUGCCUGGCUGCGAAGUGUCACAGAUGCCAUGUUGCAUGGCUGCGUGCCUGUUGUGCUGACCUGGAGCGACGGAAAGAUCGGGCGUGCCCAGUCGGCGGAGGUCCUCGCUCUGGAGUUCCUGCAGAUAAAGUUCUUCACCAUGGCGAUGGUCGACUUUGUCCGGGUGCGGAGGCCGCUUCACACCGUGAUGGUUCGCAAGGAGUGGACUUUGCUACGCCGUUUUUUGACAAAACAGAACCCUCUGCCCUCUCACGAAUCUCUGGCUAUGGCAAUGAAGAAGAGUGAUGGCCGCGGAAUGUCUCCAUUGAUGGUGGCAGUGGACCGUGCUGCGGAAGUCGGCGUUCUACGAUCGCUUGUGGCCAAUGGGGCAGACUUGGACCAAGAGGACAACGACGGUUGCACGGCCUUGGAUCUGUCAAACCGAAAGUGUUCCGAGGCAGGGACGAUGUCCUCCGAGAUGCGCAGUUGCCACAGCGAGAUUAAAGCGUUCUUGCUCAAAUGCAGCCCACCAUGCCUUGAAUUUGGCAUCUGUGGCCUGGAUAUCACGUUGGACAAGAAGCAUUUGUUCAGGCUGCUCACUCCGCCUCGUGGCAGCCGGGUGGUUCCAGUGGCCGCGUUUCAACUGGCAUACCAAGGAUUUCCUUGGCAGCCAGAGGAAGGGUACACGCUCGGGUCCUCGCUGGAGGAGCGGCGUUAUCCGAACGGCGCAACCUAUCCUGCAUGGCAUGAGAUAGACGACAUCAUUGCAGCCAUGCCCGCUGGAACAUGGCUGUCGUUUCACCUCAGUGAAAGCAAAAAAUGCCCAUAUGUCAGCUCAUUGCUGAAAGGGGAUCCCAGCACAGUUCGCUUGGUUGAUUGUCUCUGUGGAAGCAAGUAUAAGGCACGCCAUGUACAGAUCAACAUCAAUGCCGACGGUGUGUGCCUGGCCAUGAGAUCGACCAGGACAGCGCUGCUGCCCAGAUUUCCGAACUGGCCAGGCAAUAUCCAGACACGAACUUUCUCAUUCCUAUCUUUCAGAAAAAGAUUCAAAAGGACACCGCGGACUCCUGGCCAUUCUUUCAAAGAGUGUUGCAAACUUGGCACAACCCAUCAUCCAAAUCAGAGAAUCAGCGUGCAAAGAACAUCGUCCCGUUCUUCGACAACUCUGGUGGGACGGGGAAGACACCGGAUGCCGUGCCGGAAAUCCCACCUGACGACCAUCGCAAUCCGCGGAGAGGUCGAGCUAUUGGAUUCACGGGAGGGAUCAAUGCUUGCAAUGCAAAAGAAUGGCUUGCACGGUAUACGCGAAGGUUCAAGCACUUGGCCCCGGCAUCGCUUGCAUAUGUGA